UUUUAAAAGCCGACUGAGGCCAGAGGUCAUUUGGAAGCUGGAAGAACUUUCGGAGGUAUCCUGUAAUCUCAAGAUGGAGACUGCUGGAAGCAAGAAGCGGAGCGCAGAAGAGCCAGGGGAAGAAGUAGAAUGGCAGAUGUCUAGUCAACCAAGCACAUCUUCUGCAAAGACUAAAGCAACGGGGAAAAAACAGAAAAAGUCAGAGAAAGAUAACGGUUGUAAACCAAAGGAGGAAAUAGCACAAGACACUGAGACACCAGGACACACUAGUAGGAAGGUACCAGUUCCUCCUUUUCCAGAGCAUCUGCCCCCAGUGAACCUGAUUCACCGAGAUGUGUUGCGGGCAUGGUGUCACCAGAAGAACCUGAGCAGCAAAGGCCAGAAAUUAGAUGCUUAUAAACGACUCCUUGAAAGGAUUUUCCCAAAGCAAAUGCCCAAGUUGAAUGUUCCUGACUCAGCCAAAGAUGCCAGGUUGAAGACAUCUCGCAAAAAAAUGAAGACCGAACCAGGGGAAGAAUCUCAGGUGACAGUUCCCCUUGAAAUUGUCACUGUACCUGAAGAACAGAUACCUGCCCUCAUUGACCCUCCUAUGCUCUAUGAGGAAGUCAGCACCACGGUUGUGACUACACCCGCCUCUGAGGCAGUGUUGGCAUCUUGGGCCAGAAUUGCAUCUAAUGCUAAGAAGUUCGAGGCAGUGUCGUCCAGUGCAACAUCGGAAGUCAAAGGGGAAAUGUGGUGUGUGGUUCACGGGACAAGCCUUCCUGCAAAUUCAGGUGGUUGGGUUCGGCUGCAGUUCCAUGCUGGACAAGCCUGGGUACCUGAUAAGAAGGGGAAAGCGACUGCCCUCUUCCUGCUGCCGGCCUGCACAUUUCCACCCCCACACCUGGAGGACAACAUGCUGUGCCCCAAGUGUGUUCAUAGGAACAAGGUCUUAACUAAGAGCCUUGAAGGAUAAAGGACAGAUCUCUCAAGUUUCGGCUAGCUUGCUGGUAUCACUCUUGUGGCAUGAUUAGAGCCACAGCUGACAUUCAUACUGACGGAAAUCCACAUCUCUGCCUUUGAAGGCGCCUUUUCUCACCCAGAAAUUAAGGGAUAUUGUAAGUUGAUGCUUAACUACAAGCAUUUUGGAAAAAGCCAGUGAGGCCAGCAAAAGAUCCACCUCUGCUCAUUUUGAUGACUGAACACUGGGAGUGACCUCCUACUCUUGUGUGAAGAUAAAAAGUGUCCUAUAUGUUUUGCUGCAAGUAAGUCCUGGGGCUUACAACUCCAGAUACAACAGUUGCUAGUCCUGUCACCAGCACAACAACGUCAGCCAGUUCAGCAGUCAGCUGUAAAGACUUAGCUUGUACGUGUAGCCUCUGCAUGUCCUCUUCCCCAGGUUGUAUAGUUAGUGUGUCAUUAAUGUUUCGUAUUUGGGUUUGUUUGUUUUCUGCUGUUGUAAAAUAUUACACCAAAUCUGGUUUGUGGCUUUUA